AUGGAUCAAAGGCUGUUUGAGGCUUCUCAAAGUGGAAAUAUCCAACUUCUGCACCAGUUGCUUGCAGAGAAUCCACUCCUACUCCAUAGUCUUGCUCUAGAUUCUGCAGUGAACCCCUUACACGUUGCUUCGCUUGCUGGCCAUGUUGGCUUUGCUAAGGAGAUUCUAAGGUUGAAACCAGCUUUGGCCAAAGAAAUGAACCAGGAUGGCUUUAGCCCUAUGCAUAUCACAUCUGCCAACGGAUGUUUGGAGAUUGUAGGGGAGCUUCUGAAAGUUGAUCCAAGACUAUGCCGGCUUAAGGGAAGAGAUCAAUGGACUCCUCUUCAUCAUGCUGCAAGGAGAGGUAGGGAAGAUAUUGUUAGAGAAAUAGUAUUGGCUUGUCCAGAAAGUGUUGAAGAUGUGACAGUACAAGGGGAAACUGCUUUGCACCUUGCUGUUAAGAACAGUCAGUUUGCAGCUGUUGAAGUUUUGGUGGAAUUGGUCACAAAAAUGAGGAAGGUGAACAUCCUGAACGUGAAGGAUAAUCAUGGCAAUACAGUUCUUCACCUAGCAACAUGGAGAAAACAACACCAGGUGGUGGAAUGGUUGAUUGGAAUUGGAACUAGUACCCCAGGUGCAUUUGAAGUAAACAAUGUAAACCAGAGUGGUCUCACUGCUCUUGAUCUGCUACUAAUUUUCCCAAGUGAAGCUGGUGAUCGGGAAAUCUACGACACUCUUCAUGGUGCUGGAGCUUUGAGAGCACAAGACAUAGUCCAUUCUGCUAUACCUUCAUUUGACUCUGAUAACCAAACCCUCCAGAACGGCCCUGUGGCAUCAGGACCACCUCAGUUGCGGAAUCCAACUGAUUUCAUUGAAUACUUCAAGUUCAAAAAGGGAAGAGAUUCUCCUAGUGAUGCACGCACCGCACUGUUAGUUGUAGCUGUAUUGGUGACUACAGCAACAUUUCAAGUAGGACUAAGCCCUCCAACCGGUCUUUGGCAAGACACCGAGUUGAAUAGGAAUGGGACUAGCGGUGAACCAACACACACUGCAGGAUCAUCCAUAUUGGGGUCUUAUAACGCAGCUGCAUUUUUGGUUUUUGUGGCUUUCAACUCCAUUGGCUUUUCGGUUUCUCUUUACAUGAUUAACAUCCUCACAAGCAACUUCCCUAUGCAGUUGGAGCUUCAGAUCUGUAUCGUUGCCAUGUAUUGUACAUACAACACAGCGAUGAUUAGCAUUGCAGAGGAUAACACAAGAGUUUUCAUUAGUGUGUUUACUGCGGUUUUGCCUACUGUGGUGUUACUUGCUGGCAAAUCGGUUAAUAGGCAAAUUUUUAUGAGGAUCGGAGUCAUUGGACUUUCUGUGAAGUCAGAUUCUGACGUCUUCACCCUCAACAGUCUUAGAAGGUACAAAUGUCCGAGAGCAGUGACAGAAGGCAUUUUAUCAGUAAAUUUGGGGUGGGAGGUAUUGAAAAGAAGUUCGUGUUUUCUCGUCAUUCUUAAUCUUUGCGAGGAAUCUGAUCUGAAGAAGGGAAUGAUCGAUUUUGAUGAGGAGGAUUUCUCUCUUCAGCUUCUUUUCAAAGAGCAGGGAGGCAGGGACAUGAUGAGGACACGGGGCUCUCCUUGCUAUUCACUUCUUUUCAAAGAAGAGCAGGGAGAUGAUUUCGGCCUCUUGUUCCUCUUCAAGGAGGAAGAGGAAAUUGACAAGCUCGAGUAGCCUCUAUGAGUGGACAUAUUAAGCCACCAGAGCAUAGAGUUCCAUGAUUGUCUGGAUCACUUUUGUUUUCCUCAGUCCUCUUCAUCAUGCUAUCAUGUUGCAAGGAGAGGAAGUGUAGAUAUUGUUCGAGAAAUAGUCCUGGCUUGUCCAGAAAGUGUUGAAGAUGUGACAGCACAAGGGGAAACUACUUUGCAUCUUGUUGUUAAGAACAGUCAGUUUGGAGCUGUUGAUGUUUUGGUGGAAUUGGUCACAAAAUUGAGGAAGGUGAACAUCUUGAACUCGAAGGAUAAGCAUGGUAAAUACAGUUCUUCACCUAGUUUUCCAUUUUUUUUCUUUUCCAUCAACGGGAGUUGCAACACCCCUGAAGGCCACAAAAGGCCCCAUUGCGUAUUGUUAUUUAUACUCACAGUACCAUACGUGGUGUCUUUUAUACGAGAUACAUGAAAUAGAAAAAAUACAGAGAUUUAUUUGUAGCACUGAAAAAUGUUUGUUUUAAAUAUUUGCAUAUCCAGCGUUAUGAUGAAUUAUCCCUUAUAAACCAAUGCAUUAUUUGUAGAUAAUGCAUAAUUAUGGCAUAUGCUGUUAUAGCUAGGAAAGAAAAAUGCAUAAUUUCCGUUUCUAUUAUAGCCAGGCCUCUACAACGGAUCUCCAGCCAUAUUAUGGCAGAUGCUAUAUGCAUAGGGCUAAAGCCAUCCGGUUCGUUUCUUUGGCCAAUUAAAGCUGGUUUUAACCUUAGAAUCUCCUUAACAAAGCCAACAUGACCAGCAAGCGAAGCAACGUGUAAGGGGUUCACUUCAGAAUCUAGAGCAAGACUAUGGAGCAGGAGUGGAUUCUCUGAAAGCAACUGGUGCAGAAGUUGGAUAUUUCCACUUUGAGAAAUGAGAAGCCUCAAACAGCUAUGGUUCCAUUCUCCAGGUUCUUCUAAGACUUCUUGAUUAUGUAUGCGAAGAAAAGGUUUUGUGGAAAAGAUUAAAAGGGAUUUUUUUGAUAUGAUCACUAGCAUUAUUCAAACAUUUUGGAGCCGUUAUAUCCAAAUAUGAAAUAUUUGUCAUCUUGAGACCAGGCUCAUUGACAUCCAGCUUACGUACAUUUGCUGUGUCCGAGUUCCAGAGGUAUAAAUCGAGGCCCAAAGCGACUGCAAGAACAUUGUUCUUGCUUGCCCCAAUCCAUGAUGUUCAUGUAGAAGUCAUUUCUCAUGUUUGGUGCAUCUAGAACUAUACUUAAUUUCUCCCUAGAUCAGUAUUAACUUUGAUCAAUAACCAUGAACAUACACUUGGAUUAGUGUGUCGAAAGGAUAAUGUUCUCUGCACCACAAACUCACUUCUGAAGUCCAUAAAAAUAGAAGCGAACACUAUCCCAAUUGUUUCAAACUACAUUGCUUCUAUGGGUUGCCCUUUUCCCAAUGUAAUGUUCAUAAUAAGCUAAGAAAACCACUGCAGAAACACUCAAACUACGCAUGAAAAUUGAUGUUCAUUUUUAUGUGCUUUUUAUAGAAUCCAUGUCUGGAGGAGAUUUCCUGAAGCUGAAACAGUAGUAGUGUCACAUCCCGACCCUUAUAUUUUUACCUUAUUUACUAGCGUGAUUAUAAUAAGAAUUUUACCGUCUCCGUCAUUGAGUAAAUAGUUUAAUUGGUCCCUAGAGGGGUUUCGGGGACGAUUAUGUGCGGAGGAUUAUUAGUAUGAAGAAAAUACGACGACGGUAAAAAUAGUAAAUUUUAGCUAGUAAAAGGUAAUUUUUAUUCGGGUAUUAUUUUUCGGGGUGUUGAAUUUUGGAAGUUUGGGUUAUAAGGGAGUGUUGGGUCGGCUGGGCCGAGCCCAACCCAUUUCUUCUUCUUUUCUUUCUCUCUCCCUCCCGAUUUCCUCUCCGCACCCGAGCAUUCCGCUGCCCGAUUUUCCGGCUGUCCUCCCGCCGCCGUCCGACCUCCGUUCACCACCGGACCGGUCCCGUUCGGUCGGUCUCCCUCCCAGCAACAUUUCUAGACCGGUGAGAGGAGCCCUAGCGCCGCCGUGAGUGAGCGGUGCCGCCCGAAAGCUUCGACUGCCGAAUUGGUUUUUUCGCCGGAACUUCCUCCUCCGGCCACCAAUCCGGGCAAGCUUGGUAUGGUUUUGUAGCCCUCCAACCCAGCAACCUUGCCCUAAAAGGACUCACUCCCUCUUGAGCUAGGUAAGGAGAAAUUUGAAGUGGAAGUUUUAUGGUGUUUUGAUGUUUUUAGUCGAUUGCCCUAGUUAGGCUUGGAAUUUGGUGUUUGUGC